AUGGCAAUGGCAAAGCUUCUCAAUCCCAAGAACACGGACGCCAUCCCUCUUGUAAUUACGCCUGGAGCUUCCAGUGGAGACUCCGGCAAUGAUUUCGUAAUUGGGAUCUGGAAGGUCAACUCUUUGGGAGCCCUGGCGCAAUUUUGUUCCGGGGAUUCGGCGUGUCAAAUGCGGAGGAAUUUGCUCGAGUGGUGGAAGCGUUUGGAUAUGAGAGCAUGGGUUGCAGAGCUGGAGCUGCGAGGAGGAAGCACAUUGUCGGGCCUGUCUACACAAACAAUGCCCUCGACGCUGAAACCGAGCUUGGAUUUCACAAUGAAAUGAGCUACCUUGCGGAUUAUC